AAAAGGUUCUCUUGGCCCUCCAGGGCUUCCUGGUACCAAAGAUUUAUGUAUCGGUUUACCUGGACCAAUAGGACCUCAAGGACCGAAUGGACUUAAAGGAGAAACAGGAGCUAAUGGCUUGCCUGGAGAGAAAGGUAAUGCGGGUUUACCUGGAUUUGGUUCUCCUGGCCUUCAAGGUGGUCCUGGACCCUCUGGAUUGUCAGUUCCGGGUCCACAUGGACCUCCGGGGCAGAAGGGAUCUCGGGGUCRAGAUGGCUGGCCUGGUCAACGAGGACAAAUAGGAGAACCUGGACCUGAUGGUAUAUCUGGGCGUGGUCCAGACGGAAAACCAGGGAAUACAGGACAACCUGGACCAAGAGGGGACCMAGGCCCAGACGGAGCAAGAGGUCGUCAAGGACACCAAGGCAUGGUGGGGGAUCCAGGUGAUAGAGGCCCUCCAGGACUUCCUUGUCCGACACGCCUCUACAAUGGGCCUCCAGGAAACCCCGGAGAACCAGGAAAUCCUGGUUUACUUGGUCUCAUUGGCGAUCCUGGAAGACCUGGACCAAAGGGGCAGAGAGGAAGAGCUGGACCACCAGGGSAUCUGGGGCUAAGAGGUCCUCCUGGUGAACCUGGCGUUGAUGGUCAAGCGGGAUCCGAAGUUAGGCGAGGACCAGAUGGAGCCCCGGGAGAUUCUGGUCAUAGGGGUCAUCCUGGGCUCAAAGGAGUCAAGGGAGAUCCUGGAAUUCCUGGAAGGCCGGGACCAGAUGGUGUUCCAGGUCCAACCGGCAGCAAAGGAGCUGCUGGAGAACCAAGCUAUGURUACGGACCACCUGGACCACCUGGACAAAAGGGUGAACCAGGGUCCAGCAGCGAUGUCAUGCUCAAGGGACAGAAAGGAGAACCUGGGAUUGCAGGACAAGUUCCCCAGGAUUUCCGGGUCCAAUUGGUUCUGAUGGUCCUCCGGGAAUAAAAGGACACAUGGGACCUAUUGGACUACCAGGCGUUCCAGGCCCAACAGGCCAUACUGGGCAACGUGGUAUAAAAGGAAGCCAGGGACUUGAUGGUAUUCCUGGGCCGCCGGGUCAAAAAGGGGACA